UAUUUUAUUUUAUUUUUUUCUCCAAUAAAAAUAUUCAAACCGGGAAUAUUUAGGGCUAGGGCUAAAUUUUCUCGUUCUCUACGAAUAUUCCCGUUGAUUUUCGUUUACAACUAACCUGAAUUCCCCUCAAUUACUUGAAAGUUUGCACAUUUUGCAUUGGGUACCAAUUUUUAUCAUCAAUUAGGUCUUAAUUUUGUACCAUUUCAUAGUUUCGUUUACCAUUUUGUUUUGUUUUAGUUUUACCGUACAAUUACAGUUUUUUUUUUUGUAGAUUCGAAAGGGGUCGUGUUUUUUGUUUCAAUCAAUUUAUAGUUUAAGGAGUGGCAUUUGAUAUUUCAAUUAAAAUUCGUGGCAUUCAGCUUUAUGGGUUGGGUUUCUGUAAUUGUUGCUUGAAAUUGUUGUUUCCUUGUGAAUCUUGUAUCGCAAAUGUUUGGAUUUUCUUCUGGGCAAGUGUUCAUUUGGGAAAUUUAGAAUUUUCAAAGAGUGAUUUUUUCUUGGCAUGGAUUAUCCGCGAGAAAGUGGUAUAGUGUUGAUUCCGACCCGUUUUGUAUGGCCUUAUGGUGGGAGAGCUGUGUAUAUCAGUGGCUCGUUUACUGGGUGGACUCAAUGGCCAAUGACACCGGUUGAGGGUUGCCCUACUGUGUUUCAAACAAUUUGUAGCUUACCUCCCGGUUAUCACCAGUACAAAUUUGUGGUUGAUGGUGAGUGGAGGCAUGACGAGCAUCAGCCUUUUAUCAGUAGUAACAUUGGGAUAGUGAAUACUAUACUUUUAACUAGGGAAUCGGAUUUUCUCCCUGCAAUGCUAAACCCACAAGUGCCACCCUCAGUCCCUGGUUCCAGCAUGGAUGUGGAUAAUGAAGUCUUUCAGCGUGUGGUUCGAGUGACAGAUGGUACAUCGCCCGAGUCUUUUCCAAUAAUAUCAGAGGCAGAUUUAGAGAUUUCUAGGCAUCGUACUGCUGUGUUUUUGUCAACACACAUGGCCUAUGAGUUGCUUCCUGAAUCUGGGAAGGUUAUCGCUUUGGAUGUAGACCUGCCCGUAAAGCAAGCGUUUCAUAUUCUGCACGAGCAGGGGAUCUCGACGGCACCUUUAUGGGACUUCUCAAAGGCAAAAUUUGUUGGAGUUCUCAGCGUAUUGGAUUUUAUUUUGAUUAUGAGAGAGCUUGGCACUCAUGGGUCCAAUUUGACCGAGGAAGAGCUUGAGACACACACAAUAUCUGCAUGGAAAGAAGCAAAACUAUAUCUGAGCACUCAAGUUAAUGGGCUAGGAAGUGCUGUUCCAAGACAGCUUGUGCAAGCUGGGCCAGACGACAGUUUGAAGGAAGUUGCUUUGAAGAUUUUGCAAAAUGGUGUUGCCACUGUUCCCAUUCUUCAUUCUUUGUCGUCAGAUGCUUCAAACCCACGUCUGUUGCAUCUUGCUUCACUUUCUGGAAUACUUAAAUGUAUUUGCCGUUUUUUCAAACACUCACCAAGCUCACUACCGAUACUUCAGUACCCACUUUGUGCUGUCCCUGUUGGCACUUGGGUUCCAAAAAUCGGAGAGCCGAAUCGGCAGCCAUUGGCAAUGUUGAGACCGAGUGCUUCACUUGGUGCAGCACUGAAUUUAUUGCUUCAAGCACAAGUUAGCUCGAUACCAAUUGUUGAUGAUAAUGACUCUUUAUUGGAUGUAUAUUCUCGAAGCGACAUAACUACUUUAGCAAAGGACAAAAUAUAUGCGCACGUCAAUCUUGAAGAAAUAACUAUUCAUCAGGCAUUGCAGUACAGAGAUGACCCGUUUUCGACAUACGGGUACAACAAUCAAAAGUGUCAUAUGUGCUUAAGGUCUGACCCAAUCCAUAAGAUCUUGGAAAGACUAUCACAGCCAGGUGUUAGACGCCUUGUUAUUGUUGAAGCUGGAAGCAAACGUGUAGAAGGUAUCAUCUCAGUGGGUGAUAUUUUCCGAUUCCUUUUGGGUAUUUAAAUGUCGGGCAAAAAGCAAAAAAAGAAAAAAAAAAGAAAGGCAGUAUAAAUGCAUUUGGCCGAUGAAAUUCGGCUGAGAAAAGGAGGUCUGAAAACCCUGCUUAAGUCUCCCUUAUGUUGUCGUUUGCCGUAAAAAGAAGUGCAGGAGCAGCUAACCGUGUUUCUGCUGCAGAAGAUUGGGAAACUAAUAAGGGAAAUUUUAUUUAUUGGAUAAUCGAUUAAAAGUCCUUUUUUGAUAUUUAAAAAAAAUUUGUGCACAUUCUCUCUUUGUUUGUCGAAUUAGUCUUUGUCUUGAUUGGUCGAUCGCCCUCUCCGUGUGGUGAUGCUUUUUUUUUUUUUUUGAAUUAAAUUGAACUAGUUCCAGAAAAAGGAAAAAAGAACUACAGAACAUUUGAAUAUCCCUUUUAUGCUUAUUAUUAUUGUUGUUGAACACAAGAAAUAACAAUAAUUAUGCUCUUCUUGAGUUUUAUGUAUCUCGAUUUUUU